AUGGAAGAGGUGCCCACUUUAGAAGAAACCUUACCUUCCUAUCAGGAUUACUAUAAUAUGUUCGAGGAAAACGUAGAUGCAUAUAGGGACCAGUGCAACGCACAAUUAAGUGGCCUGGAAACUUUGAAUGGCAAAAUGGGAGAGCAACCUGAUAAAAUUCUGGACGCCGCAUGUUAUGUUCACAGGGAAUAUGAAAAAGGCAGAUUUUUCACAAGGGAAGCCUGUUACUUCUUAUACUUCUGGAUUGGGCAAACAUUAUCUAAGACUUUUCAAGAUGACAACUUCAAAAAUAACCUAAGUGAGAUUUGUACAAAAAUGAUGGAAAUCAACAUAUUUAAGACUCAUGGUUGUAAAGAUAUAUGUGAUAAAGUUGACAAGGACCUCUUCCUUAAGAGAAAAACACUAUUCGAUUUCUGGUAUGACUAUGGUGCUAUACGAACAUUAUUAGAGCACAAUGCGCCUUUGGAUGUUGAUAAAUGUGGUAAUUACUUGCAGAACGUCGAAGCAGCAAAUUCACCUGGGGCUGUAAACUGUGCAGGGGGAACCGGUCCUAGUGAUAAGUACUGUCAAAAUUUUUGGAGGGGCAAUGGGAACAGCAUCAGUUUGAACCUGAAGAAAUUGCAGUCUAAAUUAAAAUCUGUACAAGAAAGGAUGGACCAGGAAAAGGAAGCAGCAUCCGCCAGGGCGCAUGAAGCAGAGACAAAGUUACGUAAGGCAAAGGACGAAGCUAUAAGCCAAGCCGUUCGUUCAGCUACCACCACUUCCUCCCUUUCUUCCAUUUUUGGCACCUUAGCAACAAUAGGUGCACCAUUCCUCCUAUAUAAAUAUAAACCAUGGUUUUCCUUGUUCCGUAACCACUCUUCUGGAAAUGGAGGAGGAAGAAGGAGCAACAGAAGAAAGAAAAGAUCAACUGGACGCAUAUUUGAUGCGUCCACAGAAGACACUUUAACAGAAUACACUACCGAUAAUUUCACAAUAGGUGUCUCCAGAGAAAAUUCCACCCUACGUUCUCGUGCUGAGCACACAAGACAAUCCAGAGGAAGAACAAAUAAUACAUCGAGUCACCGGAACAAUGUAGGUUAUGGUCGCAUGUAA